GCAAGUACGCAACACUGUGCCGAAACUGAUGGUCUACUUUGGACCGGCCCAGCAUGGCCGGCGUCAUACCGGGCCGUCCAGCCGUUUUACACUCCCUCGUGCGCACCAAAAAUACGCAAGAGAGGGGUGGUCGCGCUCCUCCGCCACCCUGUUGGAUCGACGCCUUUCCCCUUAUUUUAGAACAAUUACUAAAUUUAAUUGAUUUGUAGCAAUCCAUACUCUCCCGCCUCCGAAUCGCCCGCCCACCUCCCUCAAUCUACCAAAAUUAUUCCAUCUGAACCAUCACCUCUCUCUUUCUCUCGACUUCCUUUUCUUCGAUCGCUCCUCCAUUAGUAGAAUUGUUUCAGCUCUGGUUGAUUUCCCCCAUCACCUCCCUCCCCUCUUGGAUUUCACAAGGGAGCUGUAGUGUAGGUGAUUAGUUCGAUUCGAUCAUAAGGAGAGGGAGGGAGGGUGCUUCCUCCCCCCACCAACCCCAACAAAAGAUAUAAAAUAUACACACGCACAUACAUUUGUUAAUAAGAAGUGGCUGGAGAUUCAUACAUGGCUACCCACAGAUGAAUGGUUGUUAUAUAGAAGAAAUCAAUCCCAAGGAUGCAAAUGGAAAAGAAGGAUGACGCGAAGAAGCAGCCGUCUGGCUGCGGAUUGUUUGUCUUGUACAAAAAACUAUUCCGCGGGCGACGCAAGGGCCGGAAGAAAUCCACCUCCCGGGCCACUCCCGAUGCCAAACCCCGCCACUCUUCCGCACUGCCCGUCGCCUCUUGUCAGCCCAACCCGCGAAAGGCCGCUGUCGUCGCUCCUCCCUACAAUCACCAUCAGGCGCCGGCGGCCGUGGUAAAAGCGAAACCCGCCGCCCUAAGCAGGAAAAUAAUAUUCCCAGCCGGCCGAAAAGCACCGCAGCAGUACUGCGGCACGGCCAUCGCCAUCGCGGCUGCCGAGCUCGACGCCAUGAUCCACGACCACCAGCGCACCAAGGGGAGCAGCAAGCUCAUCCGCGCCUCGUCGGGCAACGUCAUGCUCUGUGGCAACUUGGGCAACAUCCGCGCUCCGGUUGCCAUCGCCCCUGCCCGCAACCUCGUCGACGGUUCCCCCGAGAGUGCAAAAGAGUUGACUAACGGAAGUACCCCUGAUCACGGCAGGCAAUUAGCUACGAACGGUUCAGAGGCAGAAAAGCUGAAGGAGAUGGGGAAUGAGGAGUACGAGAAGGGGAGGCUUGCUGAGGCGGUAGCGCUGUUUGAGAAGGCGACACUGAUCGACCCAGAUAAGGCCUUAUACCGGAGCUAUAAAGCGGCUGCACUCGUCGCCAUGGGCCGGCUUCUCGAGGCGGUCGGAGAUUGCAGAGAAGCCGUGAAGAUUGAUCCUUCCUUCUGUCGUGGUCAUCAGCAGCUGGCCGAUCUUUAUCUUAGACUCGGAGAAGUUGAGAGAGCGAUUCAUCACUUCAAACUAGUGAAGGGUGAAGCCAGCUCUCGUGGCAUUGCACGAGCACAGGCUCUGCGGAGCUGCCUCUCCAAGUGUAAUCAGGCGCGCAAUCUAAAGAGUUGGCAUAUUCUGCUAAAGGAGGCAAGGUCUGCAGUCUCUGCCGGUGCUGAUUUAUCUCCUCAGGUCUUUGCUUUCCAAGAAGAAGCCCUCUUAGCUCUCCGAAAGUAUGAAGAAGCAGAAACAACAUUAAGUAACGAACCCAAGUUUGACACUGAUGCAUCCACAAAGUUCUUUGGUGCUUCUAGCACUGCAUAUUUCCUUACAGUCCAUGCACAAGUCAACAUGUCUCUGGGGAGGUUUGAAGAUGCAGUGGCUCUUGCGAAAAAGGCUUCUCAGCUUGACCCAAGAAACCGAGAGGUGAGAGCUGUGGCUCGCAAAGCUCAAUGUGUGGCAUUAGCUAGAUCAACUGGUAAUGGUCUGUUCAAAGCAUCAAAAUAUCGAGAGGCAUUCUUUUCGUAUCAAGAAGGUCUUCAUUAUGAUCCAAACAAUGCCAUUCUGCUUUGCAAUCGAGCCGCUUGUCAUUCAAAGCUUGGCCAGUGGGAGAGAGCCAUCGAGGACUGCAAUGCUGUUUUAAAUUUGCACCCUGCAUACAGUAAAGCUCGUCUAAGGAGAGCUGACUGUAACUCUAAGUUAGAGCGCUGGGAAGCAGCAAUACAGGAUUAUGAAAUGUUAAUGUGUGAGAUGCCAGGAGAUGAGGAGGUGAGUAGAGCCCUAUUAGGAGCUCAAUUGCAGCUAAAGAAGCAGCAAGACGGUGAAGUCAAGGACGUGAGAUGUGCUAAUUUUAUCACGAUAACAACGAAGAACCAAUUCUUGCAAUUUACAGCUUUAGCAGGCCUCUCUGUUGCACUCAUUUUCGACAGCUGUAGCGAUGUCUCUAGUCAAGAACUUGCCUUGCUGGAGCAAUUCUGCAAACAUUAUCCAACUGUAAAUUUUCUUAAGGUGGAUGUGCAAGAAGAUCCCUACUUAACAGAGUGUGGAAGCUCUUUGCCAGUCUUCAAAUUGUACAAGAACGGAUCCAGCAUCAAAGAAAUUGCAGUUUCGGACCCUGAAAUGCUUGAGAGCUCCCUAGAAAUUUUCAGUAAAUAAAAAAAAAAAAUAUGGCAGUUUAUAUGUAAAGACUCUUGAAAGAGUUUUACUACAUAUAUGAAGUGGCGGCGAAUGUCUCCCUUGUUUCUGUAGUAGCUACUGUUUUCUUGCCUAUGUCUAUAUGUGUGUGUAUAUACAUUAAUAUUCUUCAAAAAGCCUGAAGGGUGUAACUGUGUAAUGUUUUGCUGGUCGUUUGGGCAACCUGAUAUAGUUGCUUAUGGCUCUUUUUUA